GUUUAAGAGAUAUGUUGGUCCCUCCAAAAAUACACGAUUUUCAUGAACGCUUUCAAUUUAUUGAAUAAUACAUGCAAACUAAUCCACUGUCGUUGUUCGCUAAUGGUGAUAACAAUUUGUGUCGUGAACGUGUUUAAGCCAGUUGUGACGCGGCUGAUUCUAAAAAUUUUCAGGUGAUACUUUUCGCCUUUUGGCGAGGUGUAAUACCUGAGGGUGCUCUGUGUUUUCUGAUUUCGGUACUGUUGGAUGCUUUAUAAUUUUAAAAUGAAUAUGAAAACAAAUGUAUCGUGAUUUUGUGGAUUUUAUAUAAUGGAUUAUGCUAACAGCAGUCUUGACCCAGAAGUUCUUGAGUUUUAUCGUCCAAAUAGGUCUAAGCAUGUUCGGUGUCAUUCUCAUCACCAUUCACACCAAUUUAUGCACCCAAGGCGCUUUCACAAUUCUCAACCCACCACUCAGACGCAGCUGUCAUUAGCGCCUUAUAAAAAUUCUAAUUAUGCAACUCCUAAUGUUCAUCACUCGAACGUGCCUAAUUUUCCCGAUUCACGUAUGCACCACCACAGACCGCAGCUUCAACAGCACGUAGCACAUAAACCUAAUUCUGAGCACUACCACUACCAUGUUAGCCAAAAUGCCUUCAGAUCCUCCGUGAGCCUCAAAAUCUUGGAAGUACGUGUGGAGGGAGCAUAAAUACACUUACAUCUACAAGUGGAGUUAGUAGCAAUUCUGGCAGCUUAUGUACCAGUAGUGGAUCACGUUCAAGUCACAAGUCUGGUACCAGUUUACGUGCGGUAGAUCUUAUUCCACUGUUGAAAGAGAAGAUCGCACUUUUACCUGGUGGCAGAUCAAGAAGAGGUGGACCACUAUUGUGCUUUCCUUCCAACUCUCGAGCUGAUGAAAUCCCCCUUGAAGAUCUAUACGUCCUUGUAAGGUAUUUAACAUACCUUCCAGAUGAUAAGGUGAAACGAUUGGGCUUUGUGGUAAUAAUCGAUAUGCGUAGUGGGACAACUUGGCACAGUGUUAAACCAAUCUUAAAGGCAAGUUAGUUUUACAUUCUGGCAUAAUUGCAUUUCAGGUGUUAGAAGAAUGCUUAGGUCGAGACGUGGCUUUGACUUUCAUAAUUAAACCUGACAAAUUUCUCGAGAAACACAAAGCUCAACUGGCAAUUGGGAAGUUCAGCUUUGAAAUCCAGUUGGUAUCGGUGGAUGCUUUGUUUCGUGAAGUUGACCCAAGUCAGUUAACCGCAGAAAUGGAGGGAAGUCUCCCGUACCAUCAUGAAGAGUGGAUCAAAAUUCGGUGCUGCCUUGAAGAAUUCUUUUUGUUCGCCAAUGAUAUGUCUGACAAAUUCGGUCAGCUUUAUUGUUUUUUGGACAGAAAACUUAAUCCAGAGACUGUUGAAGAGGCCAAACGUGCUCUGGAGGAGCAUAGAUCAGUACGUCUAAAGAUUGUUCAAGCUCCAGUCCCAGCUCUUGAGGCCGAAGCUGAUCGACUAACCUCAUGGUUGCGCUAUGGUAUAACUGCUUCACAAUCUGGUGCAAAUGCAUCUGCUAAUUCAGGCUCUCAAUUAUGUUCUAAUACCACCGCCCCUGGUGGCGGUGCAUCUUUUCUUGCCACAUCGUGGGUUUCUAUGAAUCCUGACUUUCAGCAGUUGGUUCCACAGGUUCGGCAUACAGUAUCACAACUCUACGAGUUUCGUACUCGUUUACAACAGAAGUGGGAAGCUGGUAGAUCCCGGUUAGAACAAAUUUAUCAGCUUCGCUUGUUUGAUGAAGAUGCCAGAGGCAUGUCUAACUGGAUAGAUCAACAACGUCAUUUGUUCCUUACAGAGUAUCUAGAUAUCGGUCAGACAGCAUCACAUGCUGCUGAUCUACACGCUGAACACCGACAAUUUCUGGCUAAAUGUAGCACUGUUCGCGAACAGGUUGCUCGUUUAACAGGAGUAGCUGGAAUGCUUGCAGAUACAGGUCAUUUUGCCAGUCAACAAAUUUUAAAACAGGCCAACCAGUUGGAACACGAGUGGAAGUCAUUCACUGCAGCACUGGAGGAUCGUUCUCGUGUAUUACAACUAUCCGCUAGUUUUCAUGCAAGGGCUGAAUCCUUUCUAGCUAACUGUCCACAUUGGGAAAGUGCAAUGCGUCAGGUCAAUGGAACAUCAGUACAUGAGUUAAAUCAAGCCUUGAUUACACUUCAGGAGUACUGGCAGGAAGCACAAUCUGCUCACGAAGAAGUUUGUGCAGAUGGUCGAGCUUUAGCUAAUCAUCUAAGCUCGCCUGUUCCGACUGGAUCUCAUACUUCUUUAACAGCCGCUGUGGAUUAUUCACAAGGUCGUAAACAUUGUACAGACCUUGUUCAUGAGAUAUGGGCUUGGUUUAAACAGUUAGAACGGGUUUUUGGUGAACGUAGACGUCGUCUAACAGCUCGUUUAGCCUUAUUAAUGUUUAAAGAGGAUGUUGGACAAGUAUUAGCCUGGUUAACUGAACAUGGAGAACCGUUUUUACAACGUCAAACAUCUGUGGGCAAGUCUAUUCAACGGGCAGAACAAUUGUACAGUGCACAUAUGCAAUUUGAACACGUUGCUUCUAAUACCUUGACAAAUGCAGAGAAACUAAUUUCUGCUGCGGAUGAAUUAGCAGCCCAGGCAGAUGAUCCAGAAGAAAUAUUACAGGAUGCAAGUGAAUUACAGCAUCGUAUUUCAGCUUUCACACGUGCUGUUGAAGUUCGGAGAGAAACUUUAGAUCUUGGUUGUGGAUUUUAUUCACAUACGAAGGAAGCUUUAGCCUGGCUGCAUAAUGCACGAGAAACACACAAUCCUGGUGAACACUUACCUGCUUCUAUUGAAGGCAUGGAAGAUGAACUGACAAGUUUUCAUAGAAAUCGAGCAGCUAUGGAAAAAGAUGUAGACCGUGCACUUGCAGAGGGUGAAGCCUUGAUAUCUCGAUUGAAAGAUGCUGAAGAAGUUUCACACUUACGUAGUGUAUUGAAUCAAGUGUCUAAUGAACGAACAACUGUUUCUACAUUACUAACAGAGCGUCAAGUACGCUUAGAUCUUUGCUUGCAAUUACGAUUAUUCGAAGCUGAUGUUCAUUCAGCAUUGGAUUGUUUACGUCAUAGCAUUCCAUCAUUAUCUAAUUUAAGUCAGUCUACCGAUAUGAAUUCUAAUCAUCAAAACAAUAGUACGAAUCGUUACUAUUGGCUAGCUGAUCCUCGACAAGCACCCGAUAUGGCAUCCAUUGAAGAAGUGUUAACGUCUUGUCUGUCAGUUUUACCGACAGCUGAGGAGGUUUUAAAUAAGGGUAGCGAAUUGGCCAGAGCAUUCGAAUCGGUUGGUGUUAAUUUCCCUGCAGGUGGUCCUGGUUCCAGUGAUUCAGGUAUGUGUGAUAGUGGAGAGACAGCUGUUGAACGAGUUCAUCGAUUAAUGACUGAACUUGCUGAUGUCGUUGCAUCGGUUGAUGUGUUAAAUGAACGUUUAAAUGGUGAACUUGAUUGGCGUCGCCUUCAAUUACAAAGUAGACAGGUGUUACAUUGGAUAGGUCAAUGUGAGGGGAUUCUACAUCAAACUGCUGUAAUUCCAGCCAGUCUAGCAGAGGCGGAAACACUUUAUGCAGAUCAUGAAAAAUUUCAGCCAGUUUUGAAUGAUGCUCAUCCACAAGCCGUACAAUGUGCUGCACGUGCCAGUUACUUUUUACAACAAACAGCAACAAGUAAUCCAUCAGGUCAUACAACAAGUUCUGCAAAUAAUGAACAUCCGAGGAGAAAAGAUUAUCAGUCCGUUGCUGAAACGGUCGCCAAUCGUUGGCAGAAACUUGUCUAUGCUGCAGAAGAACGUCAUAAGCUGUUGAUAUCUGCAACCAAUUGGUAUCGAACAUCAGAUCAAGUAACUUCAGUUUUAUGGUCUUUAGAGAAAGAAUAUCGUAGAGAAGAAGAUUGGUGUCAAAAUGAAAAGGCUGUUAGCAGUGGAGAUCCAGCUAAUUACCUAGCUCAGUUAUCAUCUAAACAUGCUGAACAAAAAGAAGCAUUCCUCAAGGCUUGUAUGCUAGCCAGGCGUACUUCAGAUUUGUUUAGCAAGUAUUUACAUCGUCAACCCGCUAGCACUACUGGUCGUGCUGAGGUUGAAGAGAAGAUUCGUGUGGCUAUGACAGAAUUAAUGGCUAAAGAAAAAGCUGUUCUAGAAGCAUGGGCAGUUCGACGCAGACGACUUGAUGAUUGUACUUAUUUCAUGAAUCUCAAGCGUCAAAUCGAAGAUCUUCUCGAACGUGUACAUAAUGUUCAGGAGUCUACUGGAAAUAAACCGUCUGGUUUUCCUGCUCCAGUUAGCCUUUCACAUAUUAAUCCUUCACUAUUGCAAGAGGUGUAUAGAGCUUGUGCAAGCUUAGAGUCAAUGAUAGCUUCAUCAUCUCCUUUAUCUCCUGGUCAUACAACACAAAUGGAAGCAUUAUUACAACGUCUUCGUCUUUGUGAAUCACAAUCGGUUACAGGAUCAACUGCUGCAUCCAAUGCUGGUGCUGUUGGUAAAGUUAACAAGGAUUCACAAAAGCCGGAUCAUCAUGCUACUGAAUCCAGGAAGAGUUCUGCUCCGUCGUCUAAACCUGAUGUUCAAGCUAGACCUAAAACCCUUGAAGUUGAAGCAGAUAGGACAUCGGUUUCAAGUACAAGUAGCUCUGGUACAGGCGGUAGUACAAGUGCAAGUAUCACUAAUGAUUCAUAUUUAGUAGCGUCAGCAGCUGCUGCUUCAGGUACAACACAAGAACAACGCAGAUUAGCACGUCGGCGAGAGAAUCUACUGCGUGAAUUAAUUCAAACUGAAAGACUUUAUGUACAAUCUUUAGAACAAUGUAUGGAGACCUACCGCAAGGGUUUACUUUCUCCGCCUAAAAUGUUGGCUGCUCAGGUACCAUCUGGACUUGUUGGUCAAGCUGAUAUUGUAUUUGGUAAUAUGCCUAUGAUAUAUGAAUUUCAUAAGCAAACUUUUGAACCUGAAUUAGCUAAAUACACAGAAAGCGGUGAUUUCUUACCAGAAGAUGUUGGACAUUGUUUUGUUGUGCAUAGUGAUCGUUUAGCUGAAUUAUAUGUAGAAUACUGUGUAAAUAAUACUGAAUCAACACGAUUAGUUAUUGAACAUGGACAGAAUUAUUUUCAGUCUUUACAAUUGUAUUUCAAUCUAGUUGAAACACUUCAGUCGUAUCUUAUUAAACCUGUUCAACGUGUAACAAAAUAUCAAUUGUUAUUACGUGAACUACGUGAUUGUUGUGAUCCAGUUGGAGUAGGUGAGAUCAGCGAGGGUUUGGAAGCUAUGCUCAGUGUACCGAAACGUGCUAAUGAUGCACUACAUUUAAGCAUGCUACAGAAUCUCCCGGAGGAUGUUCCGCUUGCAUCUCUUGGUGAUGUAAUUUUGCAAGAUCAAUUCACUAUAUGGGAGCCUAAACAAUUAAUUAAGAAAAGCCGUGAACGUCGAGUAUUUCUGUUUGAUCAUUGUUUAAUUCUUGCUAAAGAAGCAGCUACUCAACCUGGGGAGCAUAAGUCCAAGUAUAUCUAUAAGUCACGACUUUUAUUAGCCGAUUGCAAUAUCACUGAGCAUAUUGAAGGGGAUCAAUGUAAAUUUGCUCUAUGGACUGGUCGGAUUCCACCGAUUCAUGAAUACCGUAUGAUUUUGAAAGCUGGAACACUUGAAUUAAAGCAGAAUUGGGUUCGUGCAUUAAGAGAGGUAAUGCGUGAACGUGUAUUCAGUGUGCAAAGUUUAUAUCAACAUCAGAAUCAAAAUCCGAAUGCAGCGAACUUGUUCGACGAUGCAGCUGAAACUCUGGAUACCUUCUAUAUCCUUGAAAACUAUCAGGCGGAAAAUGAUAAUGAAAUUUCGGUAUCAGCACAUCAGAUUGUACAAUUAUUGCAUCGAUGUGAUGAACCUAUCAUGGCGAAUAUCCCCACAGAAAAUAAUGAAAAUGAUGGUAGUAAUACUCCAAAAUAUGAUCCUAAUGGAACCGGUGAUUGGGCUCUUAUUCGUGUUAUUGUGCGUGGUACAGCAACAUCUACUAAUUCACCAACUAAGGAAGGCUUUAUUCCAGCAAAGCUUAUCGGUGCACCUUGUGGUCGUAAAUCAUUAACAUCAAAUUCACGACAGUCUUCAAGUGGUCGACGAGGCAGUACCUCAGUACGUAAAUGGUUACCUUCAGGAGUUGGUAGUGGUCGAAGAAGUACAGUCACCUCAGCAAAUAGUGGAGCACCGGGUAAACGAGGAUCAAAGGUGGAUAUUAAUCAGUCUCAGGUUAUCAAUCCGACAUCAGCCGGUGAAAAUCAAGUGAAGUCUGGUCAAAUUAACACCACUAACAGUGAACAACAACAACAGAAGACAGCAGAGCUUGGCGGUCUAUUACUAGAUAAUGUAUCCGAAGAAAGCGUCGAUGUCGAAUUACCCCCACCAAUGAAUGAAAUACAAGCACCAUUACGUUCAACUGUAAAUGAAUUAUUAGACAUGAAAACUGUAAAAGAAUCAGAUAAUAAUAAUAAUAAUGGUGAUAAUCACUUCCUUCUAGAUGAUAUUACUGUGAAUACUAAUCCAAAUCAAUUGAAUAAUUUACAGAACAACUCUACUACUACUACUAAUAAUAAUCACAAUAGUGACACCACAAUAAGUACAAUUGGUAACAAUAAUCCAAGUAAUGAAACUUCUAAUGAUAAGCUUGUUAAAACUGUACAUCGUUUGGCGAAUGUAGCCGAAGUAGCUGGAGAUAGUCAAACACAACUUGGUGAUGUUCCACAAUUGAUUGGUCUUCCUGGCGGAGCAAAUUUAUCCGGUGUAGGCAAUUUACGUUUACAUGGUGGAUUGAGUGUAGCUACAAAACUUGUUGCCGGCUGUAAAUCCUCUGUACCAUUAAUUCAUUCCACUGGUUCACCAGAUCUGUCUGUAUCAACUAAUAGUAGUACUAGCAGUUCUCAUUUUCUUGGUCAAGAUGAAGAAUUACUCUUAGAUAUACUUGAAGAAGGCGUUGAAUUGCAUUUUGUCACUAGACAUCUAUUUCUUUAUGAUCAUGCUUUAAUUAUAGCGGAUGGUGCAAUGGAAUUAACUACAGUGUCUGAUGAUAAUGUAACACCAAGAGAGAAAGAACAAGCGAACAGUAAUAGCAAUAAAACGAAAUUACAAUGUCGAUUUCGUCAUGCAUUGCCUAUUAGUCAGAUAUCAGUUUUGGAGGAUGUUGGCGUUGGUGGCUCAAGACCUACUGGUGAACAGCUGUUAUGGUUCUGUCUGUCAGAAAGAACACGUUAUCUUGGUUCACCUUUCGAAUCAUCUCUUGCUACAUCACCACCACAAUCACAUUUGUGUUAUAUAGUUGCCCCAAAAUCACCUGAAUCACGUAUUCGUUGGUUGAGUGAGUUAACCUCUAUGAUCAUGGAAGCCAGGCGCUUGUCACAAGCAUACCUUAUGAAUAAUGCUUCCAUGGGAUCUGGUGGUGAUUCAAAUACAGCUACGUCAACAGGUCAUAUGAAGCUGCCGCCGGCAACUCUUUAUCCCAGUGGUGUACUGUUUGACACAGGAUCUUUAGAGCUGCCUAAACCUGGUAGAUAUAAAAUAAUUGGCAAUCAAGAUGUUACAAUGAAUAAUUCAACACGUUACCCUCCGCCAACGGACCAAAUUACAACUGAUAUCGGAAAUUUAAACAUUGGCUCAAAUCUAAUUCCUUCUUCAUCGUCCGCUUGUACAUCAUUACAAGGCUCAAUAUCACAGUCAUCGAAUUCUCGCGUUAUAUAAUAGUGAUCAUGAUCAUGACGAUGGUAAUGAUAUGAAUUUUUUUUCCUGUUCACGAAAAAUCAUGUCUUCCUUCUUUGCUGCAUCCAGUUACAUUUGUUCUGUCUGUCUAUCAAUCUCUGCCUUCCUCCGUCUUCUAUAUUAUCCAUCCUUCUACGUCAUAGUCUUUUUUGUGUAUAGAGUCAAUAUAGGCAAAUUUAGAAGAAAAAAAUAGAAACAAAACCGGGAUAAAAGAUACAGUUGAAAACCUUUAGUCCUUCCUUAUUUUAUAUGUACAGCUGACAAAAAAGAAGGACUGAUCAUUAUCAAGUAUGCGUGUAAUACUCUCAUCUUUUACAGUUUUUUGAAAUGUGCUUAUACACACAGUCACAGUUAUAUUCUUCUAUGUCAAUCCUAUAAUGCCGCUCACUUGUUCGUUUCUAUAAUGGAUAGAUGUGAAUGCAUUUGUGUGUGUGUAUGCACAUAUAGGUGUGGACUACGAGAACCGACGAUUUCAUUUCUACAGCUGUCUAUAUGAGCCUACCCCACAACACAUGAAGACCUUGAAAUUAAUGACUAUCGUGAUAAUCAUGCGUAUUCUGUAUAGUGUUUCCAAUGAAUAUACGUUUGUGCAUUCUUCUUUUUAUUAUUAUUAUUAAUUAUUAUUGUUAUUAUUAUUAUUAUUAUUAUU